AUGUUUGGCAGGGGGCGGUCGCUCCAAGCCGCCAUUUGGACGGCCUGCGGCAUGGCUUUCAUCCUCUUCGGCUACGAUCAAGGCGUCUUUUCAGGCAUCGUCGAGAAUGAGAACUUCCUGGACCAUAUGAGUCACCCCAACGACAGUCUCAUGGGGAUCAUCGUCUCGAUAUAUAACCUGGGUUGCUUCACCGGCUGUGUGGUGAAUUUCCUCGUGGCCGAUAAACUCGGCCGUCGGCGUGCUAUGUGGUUCGCUAUGCUGUGGGUUAUUGUCGGAGCGACACUCCAGGCAUCGGCAUUCAGUGUACCCCAUAUGAUGGUCGGUCGAUUUGUCACCGGUAUCGGUACAGGCAUUGAGACGUCCACUGUGCCCAUGUGGCAGGCGGAACUGUGUGAGGCCUCGAAGCGCGGGAAGCUGGUCUGCAGCGAGCCCUUGCUUGUUGGUGUCGGUAUUGUCAUCAGCUACUUCUUUGACUAUGGCAUGAGCUUCGUCGGUGGCCAGAUUGCAUGGAGACUUCCCAUUGCAUGCCAAAUGCUGUUUGCACUCGUCGUCAUUAUCCUCAUCUUCGGAGUCCCUGAAUCGCCACGAUACUGCUACCAAAAGGGACACAACGAACAGGCUUUGCAAAUUCUAAGCGACGUCUAUGGCAAGCCUAAGGAUGACCCCAAGAUCCAGGCGGAGCAAACUGAGAUCCUCGAGGCGUUGGCUGUCGAAACGAAGAAUGGCGAGUACAAGUGGAGGAAUAUCCUCAAGCCCGAUAGCGUUUCAACCGGACGCAGAGUUCUUCUCGGCUACGGGAUGCAAUUCAUGAAUCAGGUCGGCGGAAUUAACCUCAUAGUAUAUUUCAUCCCAACCGUCCUUCACGACAAUGUCGGCCUAACCCGCAACCUGUCCAUGAUCAUCGGUGGCUGCGUCCAGAUCAUGUUUGUCCUCGGCAGCUUCUUCCCAACCUUCUUUGUGGACAGGGUAGGCCGCCGCGCACCCAUGAUGUGGGGGUCGUUCACCCUUGGAGUCUGCAUGAUGAUGGUGUCUAUCCUACUCAGCUUCAAGGGCAAGGAGAAUGAGCACGCCACCUCUUCGGCAUCCGUCGCCUUUUUCUUCGUCUACAUGUUUGCUUUUGGCGCAUCCGUCAAUUGCAUCCCCUGGGUGUAUGUGCCGGAGAUUCUGCCCCUGCAUGCGCGCGCAAAGGGAACGGCGGUGGGGAUUUCGUCCAACUGGAUCUGGCUGAAGAAUUUCUUCGUCGUCAUGAUCACCCCGGUCAUCAUCAACCGGCUCCAGUGGAAGGCGUACCUCAUCUUCAUGUGCACCAACUUCGCUUUUGUCCCGCUGGUAUACUUCUGCUAUCCCGAGACAGCAAACUUUACCCUUGAGGAAAUUGACUACCUCUUCACACACCGGGAGAAGGGAGCCGUCAAGCUCUCAAAGGAGCUGCACAAGGAGCGGAAGAAGUUUGGUCAUGCCCGUCGGCUUACUGCGGAUGACAGCGAUGCGCUGGGAACAGGUGUCAAGGGCAGUGAGCUUGUCGAGAAGUCGCCGACCGACGAGCAUGUCGAGAACGUAUAG